UACCAUAGCAAGAAUAGUGAUUUGCACGUACGCCCGGGCGCCCGGCCAGCAGCGCAUCAUCACGGUCAGAUAAGGCUAAGCAUCGUCAUGGCCAACGCCCUGCCUCUCGUCGCGCUGCUCGUCGCCGGGUGCGCGGCGCUGGCCUCGGCCACCACGUUCACCGUCGGCGGCUCGCAGGGCUGGACGACCGGCGUCGACUACAACAGCUGGGCCAGCGACAAGAGCUUCGCCAUCGGGGACACGCUAGUGUUCCGGUACGUGAGCAAGGCGCACACGGUGACGGAGGUGAGCAAGAGCGGCUACGACACCUGCUCCGGCUCCGGCGCCAACGCGCUGAGCGACGACGACAGCGGCUCCACCACCGUCACGAUCACCACCCCCGGCACGCACUACUUCAUCUGCAACGUCCCCGGCCACUGCGCCAGCGGCAUGAAGUUCGCCAUCUCCGUCUCCGCCACGCGCUCCGGCGCCGCCGCGUCCGCGGCCGCCCCGCAACUUCCGGCGACAAUGGCUUCCGCCGCUGCCGCCGCGGCCGCGGCGAUCAGGCUCGCGCUCUUCUGACGACGGAGCUGAGCACGGCCGUCUCGUCGAUCGGAUCAGUCUCAGGGUAGAGACAGUGCAUGCAUUGCAGGCUACACGUUCUUGGCCGCUGAUGAUGACAUUCGUGUAAUAAUCCAUCAGUAAUUGCUGUGUCCAUAUUAUUCCUGCUACGUUUUCUGGCGAUUGGUCGUCGUGCAGCAGCUCGUGUACGUACUUACGCUGCCGUGGCGUGUCCUUUUGAUGUCUGUAGCUGUGUGUAUUCGUCACCAGGUGUACAUCAUGUAUGAUCGUUUUUUGUUCGGUUUAUAUAUAUUUUCGUUCAAAUAAAAAUUUGCUCCUCUUGUGUUC